AUGAUUGCUCUCGUGGUCCUCGCCUCCAAUAUUCGCGAAGGCAUCGCGGUACCUCGUCGUCUCACAGCUGGGGUCCCCCACUACGCCCUGAAAUCUGUACCUGUUCUUAUCUCCCUGAUAAUACAAUGUUCUUGGUCGGUAGUGCGCGAGGAGAUCCAUAAGAUGCAGUUCCUGGUCAACCUCUCUCGUCAUGGCGAAGCGGGAGAGACGGCGAAGAAGACCAUAGAUUUGAACUAUGCACAUCAAAACUUGUUUGUAUGUACCUACACGUCUCGCCAGAACCGGGAUUGGCUGGUGUUCUGGGCGUGCUUGUUGUCUCUGAUCAUCCUCGCUCUUCAACCAUUUUCCGUCGCGCUGUUUUCUGUGCGGAUUACAUACGUCUCGAGCAUUAGCCAGGUUGGACUCAAUCCCCAGGCACACUGGAUAGACAUGAACGCGUUUUUGGGAGCAUCAGGAUUUGCGACUGCGAGGGUACUAUACGACCUCAGCUACCCUCCGUUCGUAGACUCUCACGGGUAUACCAUCGAAGAGUUCGAGCUGCCUGCCGUCACCAACGGUACCGUAUAUGCGGAUGUCUCUGCAGUUCAUUACCAGGCAUCGUGCCUCAGUCCGACUGACUCUUGGAUGGUUUCUGUAGAAGGCACUACUAUGGCCCACUGUAGUGCUACCUUUGAAGAGUGCCAGUUCUCGUGGGAUAUUACUGACGCAUCGACUAUUUCUUUCGGUUCGGCGACCCUGCCGGAUAAUAGCGGCUGCCAGAACUAUACCAACAUUCCCCUCCAGUUUCGUCCUGUGGUAUUCUACUUUGCGGAUGGACCUUCGCAUUCCAUCUCGGCCGUCACGGGCACGUAUGCCGCAUGUUUUACACAGUCGAGGCCAAUGCACGGUUUACUGAUGGUCCUAUGUCGCCCCGGAAUCUCGGUCUCCGAGGUAUCCGUCGCUGUUGACUUGGCCUCAAAAACAACCACCAUUGUGUCUCGCAUCGACGUCAGGUCACCUAUCGUUACGCAGCAGUCCGUCUACAACGGGCUCUUCUUCGAUGAGGAUAGCUUGGAUGUCAUGGCUUACGUACGAUUACAAGCAAUCCAACAGCAGCUGCCUGGCGCAAUAGUCCAGGCGGCUCGGGCCCAGAACACCAGUUUAGCGGAUACGUUGGCGCACAAUGGUUUGGCGGAUAUCACUGCUAGCAUCUACAACACGUAUCCUAGCCUCGUAGCGAAGACCAUUUACUUCGUCGACACCCAGCAGCCGGUCACUAUACGCCUAGGAGCGUGGUGCGACCGCCUGUUCAUAGUUCCUGUCUUCGUCUCUCUCGUCUCAGUCUCCUUGUUCGCCCUUGCUCUUGGAGGUAUCAAUAUACAACUACUCCAUCAGGACGCUCGUAGCCGCCUGGCCCUUCCACGAAACUACACGACCCCGAGAUCCUUCUUCCAAUUCGCAGGUGACCUGGAAGCACAAUAUCGGGUCGCAGCCGUACAACGUAGCGAGCGCGCGGGGCAGGACGCUGGAGAGCUGCGUCUCACGAUCUCCCCGAAGACUGGUCGUAUUACGGUCGUGGCGGACCCGAGGGACAGGCGCGCACCUUCGCUGUCUUCAGACUUGGCGGGCAGUCUGGAGAAGGAUAGCGGGGCUGGGAAGCACCUGCAGGGGAGUCUAUUCGCGACGAGGAGGCGGACUCAUCGCGGACACGAGCGCACACUUCUCAGCCUCGCUGAAGUCGAUCCUCGGGAUUUCGCAACCCUUGUGCCGUAGUGUAUAUUCAUGGCCUCACCC